UGUGGUAAUGAUACAGUACAAAGUAGCUUAGUGGGAGAUGACAGCAGGUAACACAGCUCCUCACUGGGCCCUACUGAGCUGAAACUGGUCAUUUUAUUGAUAAGUUAACGGAUAAGUAUGACACGAGUCAACGGCUAUUCAUUACUUUAGCCGCUAUUAGCCGAAACGCUAACGUUAGUGAACUUAAGGCUGCAACUUGUGCAGCUAGCUAGUGAAGGGCUAGUUGAGCCACUUGUGAUGGUCUGGAGUGUUUUAUCAUAACGAGGGAGAGGCUGAGAUGGAAAACUGCAAUGGUGAGGACAUUAUAGAAACACCCGAGCUGCCUCUGGAGAUCAUAGUCUACAUCCUGAGCUUUCUUCAUGCCUCAGACAGGAAGGAAGCCUCGCUGGUCUGCCGCAGCUGGUACCAUGCCAGUCAGGACUUGCACUUUCAGAAAAAUGUCACCUUCAGCUUCCCGGCUUCAGCCUCGUCCUUGGAGCUGAUCAGGGGUCUGAGCAGAAAGUCACACUGCAGUCUGAUUAUCAGCCAGCUGGAUGGGUUCAGUAUGUCCAGAUCACUGCUUCUGGAGGUGGGUCUCUGCUUGGGCCCUAAGUUAGAGAGCUUGGCACUUCCUGGUAGCAGUAUAACAGAGGCCUCUCUGCUGGCCCUCCUCCCUCGCCUCACCUCCCUCCGCAGGCUGGACCUCAGGGGCCUGGACAGUCUCUUCAUGUCCGGAGCUUUCCUCUCCAGGGAGGAGCACAGACAGCAGGUCAGGUCAGCUCUGUCCGGUCUGGAAGAGCUGGACCUAUCCGACCUGCGCUACCUCUCUGACCUCACCUUCAAUCGGCUCACCAGCUGCACCCCACGCCUCCGUCGCCUCUCGCUGGCCGGCUGCCAUAUUGCCUUCGAGUUCGACCCGUACCGAGGGUGCCCGGUGGGAGCCGUUAAGGAUUCGUCAGCGUUGCUGUCACUAAGGAACUUGAGGAAGUUGUUAACAGAGCAGAAAUCCACCCUCAUAGGUCUGGACCUCAGCAGAACAUCGAUCACCCCUGAGUCACUACGCACUAUUGCACAGGUUCAGGGUUUGGUCUUAGAGGAACUGAGUCUGCACGGCUGUAAGGAGCUGACCGACUACUCAGUGGAGGCUCUGGUGAAGCACCAGCCGAGCCUCCAGAGGCUGGACAUCAGUGCCUGCACUGAGCUGACCAGCAGGUCUGUAGAGGCCAUAGCACAGGGCCUGAGGUCAGUGACGCACCUCUCCUUGUCCCGCAACUGGAGGAUCACAGAAAAAGGCCUCGCUGACCUUCUGUCUGUGUCGUCCCUGAGGAGUCUGGAUCUGUCUGAGUGUCUGCACGUCAGUGGUACAGAGAUAGUGAAAGGCCUGACGGGCCCCAGUACUGCCAGAGCACAGCUGGAGACCCUCAGUCUCAAGAGCUGCACCUACAUCAGGGAUCUUGCCGUGUUCUCUGUCACACAGCUCCUUGGGGAUACUCUCCGUGAGCUAGAUUUGACGUCAUGUGUCAAUGUGACUGACCUGUCUGUGCGUGCUAUAGCCACAUACCUGCAGAGGCUGGUCGUCCUGCGGCUCGGCUGGUGUAAAGAAGUCACAGACUGGGGUCUGCUGGGCAUGGUGGAAACAACCAAAUGUGAGCCUGACGAGGAGAUGGGAGACAAGGGUCCCAAGUUCACCCGCACCUUCGGCAACAUGGGCUUCUUCAAGCCUCCUCGUUUGCCGUUUGAGGAGCGACCCAAGCUGGUGACGCAGACUGACCUGCAGCAGUUCAGACAGCAGGCUGGAGCUUCACUUUUAGCUCUCAACAGGCUGCAGGAGCUGGACCUCUCCGCCUGCUCCAAACUCACUGACAGCAGCAUCACACAGGUGGUGCAUUACCCAAACCUUCGCCGUCUGUCUCUUUCCAUGUUGCCGGAGAUCACUGACGCCAGCUUGGCGUCGGUAGGCUGGCACUGCCGCAGCCUCACCAGCCUGGCACUCAGCCAAUGCCCAGGUAUCAGUGACCGAGGAGUAGCACAGGCUGCACCGUACUUACACAGGCUGCAGCAUCUCUACCUCUCCUAUUGUAAUAACAUCACUGACAGGUCCUUGUUCCUUCUGGCGCAGCACUGUAAACGUCUGCAAACACUCGACAUUUCAAGGUGCAAAAACAUCUCGGUAACAACGGUAGACCUCCUUCAAUCACAGCUGCCCUUCUUGGAAAAUGUCCACUACAAAUUCAUAGGUGGGGCUGACCUUACCCUCUGACCGACUGAUUGAAUGUCCUGGACGACCGCAGAUCCUUUUAAAUAACAAAAACCUGCUGACCAAAUCCUGCUUCAAGAGUUGAGCCUCUGCACAUUUCAGCAAUUUGUACAAGUGAAGGAAAUGAUAAGUUGUCAGUUUAGAGUGGGAACUACUGUAAAACCUGUCACCUGUAUACCACCCUGUGAGUUAUUUAUACAAGUCUCCUCAGUGUGAGGCUGGUACCAUUGUAUGAAACCAAUGUGGAAGUACUUCUGCGUGUACGGUAAACAUUUCAUGUUUGUUCAUGCUUGGAUUCAAACAUCCAGAUAGGGCAGGCAAAAGUGUAUCUGACUGAAAACCACUAACCACUGUAUUCAAAGAUCAUUAACUGAGUCCAGGGGGGGAAAGUUUGGAUGUAAUGUUUAUGUUCAGUUUAUGUGGUGCAUCAUCACUGAGGGAAGCCUGUGUACAAUUAUCUGUUAAAACCAAAAGAAACUCUGAAAACUGACACGUAGCUGCCACAGUAAGAAGAAAGUAUUCUCAUGUCUCAUUAUAAUGAGUUAUUGUGUUGUACAUUUGUUUUUAGGAGGCAGAUUUCUCUCAAUAUAUUGAUCGUCUUAUAGUAGAUUUUAUCUCACUUAAAAGGUAUCUCAGAAAAUACUUCUACAGCAGAAAAACAAAAAUUGAAAGUACAUUUAUAUAAUAUAUAAAAAUACAUUUAUGUAUUUAAUAAUUUGGAAGCAGUGUAGCUAAAAUUGAAAGGUAAGCUGUGGACUACAUUCGUAUUUUUUUUUUUUUUUUUUCUAAACUGAAAAAUUCCUACUGUGUUCUGAACAGCUUUGGUGACUUUAGAUUUUCUUGAUAAUUUAUUUUUUUAACUGAACAGAAAUAUUUUUUUUUCUAACAAUGAAUGAUCUGUGUGGCUAAAGUAGAAGUAAAGAUGGAUAUGAGGUGAAAUAGUGCGCCUCCAAUAGUUUCGUCACCUUCAACAUUUAGACCAAGAUAAAGGCCUAUCACUUUGAGGCGAAGGUGAAUGACUGCAAGCCAUUUAUUUGCACAUUCUCUUUCAGGAGUUGGACAUUAUUUUUUGGGGGGAAUGACUUUUCUUUCAGAGCAUGUCAGCAGUGCGCCUGCCUCCAUUUAACUCAAAGGUUUUAAUUAUUAAAGGGCUCUGUGAAAACUGCCAGCGUUGAUAAGUAUGCAGUCAGACUGAGUCUCAAAUUUUAAGGAAGUCAUUGGAAGGGAGUUGUAUCUCACACAUAGCAGACUAAUCAUGCCGCAAUAUUGUUUUUAUGAAAAUCGGUGCAUCUGCUGUUAUUACUGGAUGCUGCAAGCUUACCACACAGCACAAACUGUAGUGCUGAACUUAAUUGAAUUCAUCUGAAGGACCGUUUCUUUUUUUGCUGUCUUGGCCAAACACUGCAGCCUAAUUAAAGUAUAAUAUUCCUUUAUAUUAUGUGUGCAUUGUUGAAUAAUUUUGUACUGCUGUAACUGUAUGCUGCACUAUGACAGAGGGAGGAUUACACACUGAAGAUUUUAUGAAUAAAGCAAACUUUGGCUGCUCUGAGCAAAACA